UGGCCUUGGGGGAGUGUGGCCUACAGUUCCUGUUCUGGCCCCUCAGGGGGUUGUUCGUUUUGUGUCUGGGCCCCUCAGGACUGUGGUAGAGCCUGACUGCUGGAAGGUCGAACUUUAGAGAGGACUCGAACAAAAAAGACCGUCCUGGGCCUGGUGCGGCGAGGACGCCUAUGUUGUGAAGCGGACCGAACCUCCCAGCUGCCUUGUAGAACCCAGUCAGGGCCCGGCUCCCAGCCACGCAGGGGCCCCAGGCGGCCCAGGGCAGGCACACUUAGAGGUUCAUACACUGUCUUCGUGGUGGACCGUUUGCUUUGCUCUCUGCCAACCACACCCUUGGGAUACGUAUGUCCGAACCGUUCCAUUAUCUUUGCUCCUGCUGUUUCGGGACAGCUCUGAACAUCCUGCCCCUUGGGAACCCUCAUUCGUCCUGCUAACACGGCCUUGAUCCUUGGCUGUCGAGUGCAGGAGUGGAGGCGGGGAGGUGCAGGAGACACCAAAAACAAAAUUGGGCACCUCUAACAGCCAAGCACGGUGACGCUGGAAGUAGGCACCGAGGAGAAGACCCCCUGGACUAAGUAGGUCGAGGAAACCUGGGUCAUGCUCAGGGACGCCUGGCAUGAGGUCACUGGUUCCAUCCCGAGUAGGGAGCUCACUUCAGGCGGGGCUCCGGAAAUGGUGAGAGAGGAACCACGAUACCCAGGAUCACAGGAUUUUCAGGCAACACCCAGCCACACCAGGAUUAUCUACCUUUUGGUACAGACAAAAAAGCAGCAAUUGGACAGGAAAAAAAUGGCGUUGAAACAGAUUUCCAGCAACAAGUGCUUUGGGGGAUUGCAGAAAGUUUUUGAACAUGACAGCGUUGAACUGAAAUGCAAAAUGAAAUUUGCUAUCUACUUACCACCAAAGGCAGAAACUGGAAAAUGCCCUGCACUAUAUUGGCUGUCUGGUUUAACUUGCACAGAACAGAAUUUUAUAUCAAAAUCUGGUUAUCAUCAGGCUGCCUCAGAACACGGCCUUGUUGUCAUUGCUCCAGAUACAAGUCCUCGUGGCUGCAACAUUAAAGGAGAAGAUGAGAGCUGGGACUUCGGCACUGGUGCUGGGUUUUAUGUGAAUGCCACUGAAGAACCUUGGAAAACUAACUACAGAAUGUACUCUUACGUAACGGAGGAGCUUCUCCAACUCAUAAAUGCCAAUUUUCCAGUGGACCCCCAAAGGAUGUCUAUUUUUGGCCACUCCAUGGGAGGCCAUGGAGCUCUGAUUUGUGCUUUAAAGAAUCCUGGAAAAUACAAAUCUGUCUCAGCAUUUGCUCCAAUUUGCAAUCCAGUGCUCUGUCCUUGGGGCAAAAAGGCCUUUAGUGGAUAUUUGGGAACAGAUCAAAGUAAAUGGAAGGCUUAUGAUGCUACUCAUCUUGUGAAGUCCUACUCAGGUUCUCAACUGGACAUACUAAUUGAUCAAGGAAAAGAUGACCAGUUUCUUUCAGAUGGACAGUUACUACCUGAUAACUUCAUAGCUGCCUGCACAGAAAAAAAAACCCCUGUUGUUUUUAGAUUACAAGAGGGUUAUGAUCAUAGCUACUACUUCAUUGCAACCUUUAUUACUGAUCACAUCAGACAUCAUGCAAAAUACCUGAAUGCAUGAAAAACCUCAGAAAAGAGACUCUCUUCAGGAUUAUAAAAAUUGUAAUAAACAGAAAUGCAGGGAAAAAAGAUUUCAAGAAAAGAUUUCAUUACUGUAUUUUGUAAUGCUAAAAAUGCUUCACUCUGUCGUUAAAUCACCUUUUGAAUAAAUGUAUGAAAC